CCUUCGCCCGCCACCACCGCCACCAGCCGGGACCUGUGCCGCCGGUGGGGCGCAGCACAAGGCAGGGCGCUGCGGGUGCACAAGCCCUUCCGUGCUCUCCUCGACUGCCGCAGCACCCUGGAGCGCAUCAGAGGGAUGUCGUCCUACCAAGCCGAUUACUGGGCAUGUGCCAUUCCGGAUUCAUUACCCCCGUCUCCAGACCGUCGUUCAGCCCACUGGAACCCCAAUAAGGAGUAUGAGGACUUGUUGGAUUAUGCUUAUCCGCUGAAGCCAAGAUACAAGCUGGGAAAGGUGCCAGACCCUUUCUUCCACGACUCCGGAAUAGGUUUGGACAGCUUUUCUCUUUCCCCUGAGGGCACGUCGAGGUCCACCAGCAUCUACAGCCGAGGUGGGCAGGCUCGGGGAGGCAGAGAGAAUGGACGUUGGGGGUUCAUGGCCUCUGCAGAGAGGUUCUCCACCCCGGGGCCUGGAAGAAGAGGCCACUCAUCCUAUGAACCUUUACCUAUUGCAAAAGCAUCCUCCACAAGAAGUGCUUCCUCUCAUCCUUCAAGAGGCUUUGAUAAGGAUGGAACGACAGAGUCAGCUGGGACGGGCUCAUCCGGUCGCCCUGCUGCGGGUGAGAGAAGCUGGUGCACCAGAGGGAGCCCCUUCCCAAAGUACAAAGGGCAAGUAAAAAGCACUGGUAGGUUUUUACCUACAACAUCAGUGCUCCCCCUGAGGAAGGAGUGGGAUGGUGAUGAAGAAUUCCUCUCCCUGCCUCCGAGAUUGCGGGAGCUGGAAAGGCUGGCUCAGUUCCUGUCUGAUCUUUCCUUAACUAUAAGGACUCCUGGGCACGACCACCGUGAACUUCCAUGUCACAGCAGCAGCAGGCAGCCCCUUUCAUCCCAGUUGGCUCCUUUCAGAGGAGCGGGUGGCAGGGAUGAAAGAGGGAGUUUUGGGGGUUAUGCUGGGCUGUGGCAGCCCUGCAGCUCUCGGAAGUCCAGCCACGAAAACACUAAAUCAUGUGGCCGCAUCCGUAGGGAUCCUCUGCAGGGGCUUCAUCUAACAACUGGACUCGGAGACACAUUGGAUGGGACGUACCUAAAUGAACCACGGGUCAAGGGGUAUCCCAAGAAGAGCCAUCAGAGCGAGUCCCUUGCCCAGUGCGUUAAGAUGUUCUGCUGCCAGCUGGAAGAGCUAAUCCGCUGGCUGUACAACGUGGUGGACAUCACUGACAGCUGGGUACCACCCUUGCCGGAUGCUGAGAGCGUGAAGGCAUCGCUGCACCGCUGCUUGGAGUUCAGGAAGGAUGUGGCCGACCACCGGAGCCUGACAGAGAGCGUGCUGGAGAAGGGAGAAGCUCUCCUGGACUGCAUGGCAUCGAAUUCGCCAGGUGCUGCCUCGAUCAGACCUGGGCUUGCUCAGCCAGGCACGGGAUGGCUGAGAGCUGCAGCAAGCACCAAACCACCUCCUUCCCCUCCCGCAGAGACGCCAGACCACGUGCUAGAAGCCAAGAAAUAG